AUGCUCAACGAGGUAACAUCAGAUUACAUUGAAUUAUUCUCAUCAGGCUCAAAUUCACAUGGACAACUUGGCACAGGACAUACAGAAGACUUACAAGAAUUUACUUCAAUCGAACGAUGGUCAACUUCAACUGAAAUCCUUAGUUUUGCAGCAGGAGCUCGUCAUUCAAUUUUCUUAAUCAGAAAUCAACUUGAUGGGUUUCCAAAAAUACUUGGAUCAGGGGAUAGAACUAAUUUUCAACUUCCAAUUAAUUCUGAUAGGACAACUGAAACGCGGUUGACAGAGAUUGACUAUCAAAACUUGAUCUUAUCAAUUCAAUCAAUCGAUCCUGAACUUAGGGAAAAACUUCUUUCUUCUUAUCAGCCUACAAUUGUUGGGUCAAGUUGGGAGACUAGUUUUGUCAAUCUUGAUCCUAUCAAAGAUCGUUGUUCUGAAAAUGAUUCAAGCGUACUCGUCUCAUUCGGUUCGAAUGAUUUCGGUUUAAGAGGAACUCAAAAUGGCUCUGUCACUAGGUUAGAAGAUCCCAGCAUUGUCGAAUUCAAUAUCCCUCCUCGAUCCGCGUUCAGGAUCUCAAAUCUAGUCGGCGGACCUAAGCACGUCAUUGCGGUUGUCUCGAUACGCUCGUUCGAUUCAAAUACAACCUCUGUAGAGAUAAUUGGUUGGGGUGCAGCUCGGCACGGUCAAUUGGGCAGCUCGGAGACGAGAGAGAAACCUUUUAAGACACUACCACCUACGCGUAUCAAUCUUUCAUUUGAACUACCUCGAGAUACGGAUUCAAUCAAGAUCGGCGUUGGUAAAGAACACACGGUGAUCGCUUGCCCGGGUCAUAUCUACUCACUUGGUAAUCACAAAUAUUCACAAAACCAAAUCCCAGAAUUUGAAUCAGAAGAUCACAUACUUGACGUCCAGUGUUGUUGGAAUACCACUUUCUUUUUAAAACAACCUGCAAUAGGAAACGAGCCGCCAUCUUCAUGUUUACUCUUAGGGUUUGGUAAUAACUCUCAAGCUCAACUUGGGUCUCUUGAUCCAAACAUCUUACUUUCAGAAACCCAAUUAAAUGGAUCACCGAGCUCGAUAAAACUAGCAGUCGGCUCUGAACAUGCGAUGGUUUCGGCUCGAUCUGAUCUUAUUUAUGGAUGGGGAUGGAAUGAACAUGCCACAUAA